AUGGAAGAGUCUACUACGCACACAGAUUCUCAACGCCCCUCAAUUUCUCUUUCUUCACGUUCCAGUUCUUUGGCAGAUAUCUCAGCAGACGGUAUAGUUGGUCAGGAACAAGCAGAAACGGCAUUCGAGAUAUUUGAUGACGACAAUGCACCAAAAGCUUAUUCAAAUAAACCGGGGGUAAGAGGCAAGAGUAAAACCAUGAGAAUGGUACUGUUGACACAAUGCUUUGCAGGGCUUCAGUUCGCAUGGGCGGUUGAACUCGCGUACGGUACGCCUUAUCUUCUUUCUUUGGGCAUGCAUAAAUCCCACAUGGCUAUGGUUUGGCUUGCUGGACCUUUAUCAGGUUUAAUAAUGCAACCAAUUGUCGGGGCUUUAUCUGACAAAUCGACAUCAAGAUUCGGCAGACGAAAGCCUUUCAUACUUGGCGGGAGUAUUGCUGUGGUGUUUGCUUUUAUAUCUAUUGGCUGGACAAAAGAUAUGAUAGACGGACUAUUUGGAGAGGGUACACCAAUAACAAUAUGGAUUGCUAUUUUCUCUCUUUAUAGUCUUGAUUUUGCGAUUAAUGCUGUACAGGCAAGUUCUAGAGCAUUGCUUAUUGAUAGUCUGCCAUCAUCACAACAAGAGGAAGGGACAGCUUGGGCAGGGAUAAUGGUUGGAGCUGGGAAUGUAUUUGGCUAUUUUAUGGGGUUUGUUGACUUGCCUGCCAUAUUUCCAAUAUUUGGGAAUAGCCAAUUGAAAGUGCUUUGCAUUUUUGCUUCUAUCAUAUUGAUUUCUUCGAAUGCUGCAAUUUUUUGGGCAGUCACAGAGCAGGUUUAUAGUGGUCAUGGAAGCUCUUCAAAGAAUGCCUUUAGAUCAACAGUUGAUACUGUAGCGACCAUUUUUCGCUCAAUACGCAAUCUUCCUAAACCUGUUCAACAACUGUGCAAUGUCCAAUUUUUUGCAUGGAUCGGUUGGUUUCCAUUCUUAUUCUACUCGUCAACUUGGGUAGGAGCAAUCUACAAACGUGCAUCAGGCGACUCUGGAGAGCAUACGAUCGGCGCUGCAGAACGCGCCGGCUCAUUCGCCCUUUUGAUGCAUGCACUUGUGAGUUUAUUUGCAUCAAUGGGACUGCCUUUCUUAGUCACCCCAUCAGGGUCAUCAGGUUCAAGUGAAAGUUUCUCGUGGAAGCGUUGUAGACUGCCAUUGCCAUUCCUUACUUUACCAAAAUUAUGGACGGCAGCUCACUUCAUAUUUGCAAUUUGCAUGUUGUCUACUUGGUUUGUAAGUAAUGUAGCGGGUGCCAGUGCAUUAUUAGCGUUUGUGGGCAUAUCAUGGGCUACCUCAAUGUGGGCACCAUUUUCCAUUUUGGGGGAAUAUAUAGCCGAAGAACAGCGAUCAAAUGGUGUUAUGCCCGAGAAUGGGGAGGUCCGUAGGUCCAAUGAAUCGACUUAUAGACUAGUACAGACGCAGACAACACCGACAGAUGAGGAUGAAGAUGAAGAUGAAGGGGAUAUCCCGUUAACGUUAUCUGCCAACGCAUCACGCGUUAGUUUCCAAUCUCAGCGUUCCAUAGAUAUAUCUUCCCAGUCGCCUGGGGAGGCGGCUGGCACGUUAUUGGGCAUACAUAAUAUGUAUAUUGUAUUACCACAAUUCCUGGUUAACAUCAUUAGUAGCAUAGUGUUUGCAGUAUUUGAAGGCACAACUUCUCAUGAGAAUGCAGAUGCCGAUUCCAUUGGGUUUGUACUAAGAUUUGGGGGCCUUAUGGCAGUGGUUGCUGGAUUUUUGUCAAUAAAACUAUGGACAAAGCGGUAA